AAAUUGGUGGAACCGGCUUCAUUUGAUUUGAACCGGUCCAAUUCGUUUGGUUAUUUCUCGAUUCCCUCUACUUCUUAAUUCAUCCGAAGUCUCUCUAUCAAACAGAAGCUUUCAAUGUCCUCUUCUCUUUUGCCGACCUUCCUUCACCUUUAGACCGUCGUCUUCCACAGUCCACUCAGCCAAACUUCACAAUUGACAGUGCUUUUUGUUCAACAAAGCAGAUUUCGAAAUUGCAGCAAACAUGGCAACGAAAAAGAAGAAGAUAUCAUCUUUGUACCCAGACUGGUCUCAGUUCCCUGAAGAGCUUCUGAACCUUAUCUCCAAGAAGCUGGACAACUGUUUCGAUGUUGUUCACGCUCGCUCUGUUUGCACCUCGUGGCGAUCCGCAUUUCCAUUUCCUUCUUCCCUAUUACGCCCACGUUACUCUCUUCCCUCAUUUGUCAAGUACCCUUUAGAAAGCAAAGAAUUGUGCACCCUAGAGAAGGUCCCUUUGUUCCUCUUUAGAGUCCGAGCUCCUGAUGGUGAUGCUGCUGAGUAUUUUAUGGGUGGGAUAGGCCGAGAUGAGUCAGAUGAUCAUCUCGAGCUUCCAUCUCCUCUUCAGUGCUCAGUGAAAGUCAAGAUUCCAGGAACUGAGCCAACCUUGAUGAACAUACUCGACUGUCAGAUUCUCUCUUUAGGCCAUCAGUACAGAAUGAUCGGUUGCAUUCCUAAAGAUUGCGGAGGUGUGUCUUUUCUUCCGCUAAACAAGGAAGGAGGAGAAUUUGUUGUGCUCCUCCUCAACUACACUAAUGUUUGGUUGGUGUUAAGAAGUGCUGAAAUGAGAUGGAGGGAGCUUAAGGAACUCUCAACUGCUGCAUGUAGGGAGUUAUUCACUUUUAGAGGCAGAUUUUAUGCAUCUUUCUUUAAUGGGGACAAGUUCGUUAUCGAUCCUUCUUCGCUGGAAGCGACUCCCCUAACACCUCAUAACGAAUCCAACUUUUUCAUUCCUUCUGGAAAUGAUGAGCUUUUCCUGGUUAAAACAGACUUCCCAACAUGUAGAGUGAGUAGGCUAGAUGAGGAGGCUGGUAAAUGGGUCGAAGUCAGCGAUUUGGGAGACCGUGUUUUGUUUAUUGGUGGACACCGGGGAAAUUUCUGCUGCUCCGCUAAGGAGCUUCCUCAGGGUUGUGGUUUGACUGGGAACUCGAUUUUGUUCACCCUUGGGCCACGCAAUGUAACUUUCCCCUAUAAAUAUGGAGUACAUAAUACAGGAAAUGCAGAAGAUGAUAUCAAUUGUUGGAGAUCCUCAAUGGAGAAUCGUGUGAUGAUCCUCAACAAAUAUUUUCCGGUCCUUGCUUUCCAGGUUGAACGCUAGGCCGCAAAAAUUCUCACUUGAGACUGUUAUUCUGUUUUUAUUAGAUCAAAGACUAUUUUUUCUUAUGAUUUUAAGUCUAGAUUUUGUGUAUUUGAAAACUCGACCUAUAGAUGAUCUGUACAAGAAUGGUCUACUACAGUUAGCCUUGGGAUAUUUGUUGAGGAUU